GAUACCGCAAUAAACCUGAACAGCAGUGCAAUUCUUGCAAUUCCUGUAAGAGAUACUUUGAAGUGUGUUGAGAAUCAGCAGGAUAUCAAUAAAACAGUCAGUCGCGAUCAAUUGUGGCAAGCACAGACACCACAAAUUUCUACCUUUUCAAAGCUUAAAACUGCAAUCGAAGCAGCUUUAGCGAAUAAUAUUGUCAUUACAGACGAGGCGAGUGCAUUGGAAUAUAUCAAUGAACCUGUCAAAGUGGUCAUGGGACGUUCUGAUAAUAUUAAAAUUACUUAUCCAGAUGAUUUGGAGUUGGCCAAGUGGGACAAACUACACCUUGAUCCUUGGUUAUUGGGCUUUUUAAUUAUCAAUGCGAUUUUGGGUUUAUUGAUGGUCUAUAGCGCAUCUUCUGAAGAUAUGUCUAUGGUCAUUCGACAAGCCGUGAGUUUCGGUGUUGGUUUUGUUUUGCUUUUUAUUUGUGCACAAAUUCCACCGAAAGUAUAUCAAGCGAUUAGUCCUUGGUUUUAUUUGUUCGCAAUUUUGUUGUUGAUUCUGGUUUUAUUGGUCGGUGAUGUUCGAUUAGGCGCAAAGCGCUGGCUGACCAUUCCAGGGAUUGGCAGUAUGCAACCCAGUGAAUUUAUGAAGUUUGCCAUGCCAUUGAUGAUGGCAUGGUAUUUUGCACGUAACCCGUUGCCGCCUAAAUUUAAACACAUUGUGAUUGCAUUGAUCAUCAUGAUGGUGCCUUUCGUACUGGCAUUAUUACAGCCAGACUUGGCGAUUGGUAUCGUGAUUGGUGGUGUGUUUGCUCUGUUUUUAAGUGGUAUGUCGUGGACUUUAAUUCUUGGGACUUUAGCGGCAUUGGCAUUGGCUUUCCCUUUAAUUUGGACUUUUGUAUUACAAGCUUAUCAAAAGAAAAGGAUUAUGACCUUAUUUGAUCCUGAGUCAGAUGCACUUGGGGCAGGAUGGAACAUUAUCCAAUCUAAAAUUGCGAUUGGUUCAGGCGGAAUGACAGGGCGUGGAUUCUUAGAAGGAACACAGUCUCAGUUGGGCUAUUUACCUGAACAUCAUACUGAUUUUAUUAUGUCGACCUAUGCAGAAGAAUUUGGUUUUAUUGGGGUGUUCUUCUUAUUUGCACUUUAUACUGCAAUGAUUUUUAGAUGUAUGAUGAUUAGCUUAAGCAGCUUCCAUAACUAUGGUCGUUUAUUGGCAGGUACGAUUGGUUUAUCCUUGUUUUUCUAUGUAUUUGUAAACUCUGGUAUGGUUAGUGGGAUUUUACCUGUGACUGGUGAUCCAUUACCGUUGAUGAGUUAUGGUGGAUCAGCCGUGAUUGCGUUAUUGGCGAGUUUUGGUAUUACGAUUAAUUCGUAUAAGGUUCGGUUCAGUAUGCAUAUCAUCAUCAUGGGGGCAGGUGUUAUUGGUACAACAUCCGCCUACUAUCUAAAACAAGCAGGUCAUGAAGUCACUGUGAUUGAUCGACAACCCAAUGUGGCUUUAGAAACCAGUUUUGCCAAUGCAGGGCAGAUUUCUCCAGGUUAUGCAUCACCUUGGGCUGCACCAGGUAUUCCACUAAAAGCGUUUAAAUGGAUGUUUCAACCACAUUCACCACUGGCGAUUAAGCUGACAGGCGAUAUGCAUCAGUAUCAGUGGAUGGUCCGCAUGUUGGCUGAAUGUAAUAUCAAUCGCUAUCAAAUCAAUAAAGAGCGAAUGGUGCGGAUUUCUGAAUAUAGCCGUGACUGUCUGGAUGAGUUACGUGCAGAGACUAAGAUUCAUUUUGAUGAACGUCAAUUAGGUACAUUACAACUUUUUCGUAAACAACAUCAAUUGGAUGUGGCAGGUAAAGAUACCGAAGUUUUAAAACAUGAAGGUGUACCAUUUGAGUUGUUGGAUAAAGCUGGGGUUAUCAAGGCUGAACCUGCUUUAGCCCACGCAACAGUCGAUUUUGUUGGUGGUUUGCGUUUACCCAAUGACCAGACAGGCGAUUGCCAAAAAUUCACAACAGAGUUGGCAGAACUUGCAGCCAAACAAGGGGUCAAUUUUUUAUUUAAUACGGUAAUCGAAUCAAUCGAAAAAGAUGCUGAACGGAUUACCGCGAUUCACUUGAAAGAUGGUAGCAAAAUCAAGGGAGAUGCUUAUGUCAUGGCAUUGGGCAGUUAUAGCCAUGAAAUGCUCAAACAAUUGGAGAUAGAUGCACCUGUAUACCCAUUAAAAGGCUAUUCGAUCACCACCAAAAUUAUUGAUCCUGCACUAUCACCUGUUUCUACAAUCCUAGAUGAGUCUUAUAAAAUUGCCUUAACCCGUUUUGAUGAUCGAAUUCGUGUAGGGGGCAUGGCUGAAAUUAAUGGUUUUGAUCGUUCUUUAAAAUCUAGUCGUGAAGACACUUUGCUUAUGGUUUUACAACAAUUAUUUCCAAAUGCAAGUGACAUAUCGGAUGCACAUUUCUGGACGGGUUUAAGACCUGCGACACCAGAUGGAACACCAAUUGUUGGUAAAACAAGGUAUCAAAAUCUAUAUACCAAUACAGGGCAUGGAACUUUAGGUUGGACUAUGUCAUGUGGUUCAGCAAAAUUAUUAUCCGAUAUUAUUUCUGGAACCACACCACAAAUUGAAUAUGAUGAUUUGAAUGUGUUUCGAUAUGACUCAGUGAAUCAC